CACAGCGACGGAACGGAACACGCAACGUAUCCCUCCGGUCGCAUCCUCUUCCCAACAAGACGACGCAUCCGAACAUCUGGGGCGAAUCUCUCUUCGUCUUCUACGUGGGACACGAACUGAAAACAAUGUCAAUGGCACAAAGCCUAAACUGAAGCGAACGGCUAUUCCCCUUGAUCCAAUCCCCCCCUCCGACGAGGAAUUGGAUAAUAAUGAUGAAGGAGGUAUAAGCAUGGGCCCACCAACGUUCAACCUUCCUGUUAGGCUUACCUCGAAUGGCUUGACCUUCGCCCCAGGUGCCCUCGAAUCGCUCUCUCGACAGGCCACGCCUGCUCCAUCGUUCCCUUUCUCAUCUUCCUCCCAUUCCCUCGCCGCUGCUUUCCGAUCCUCCGAACCACCGUCGAAGCGGUCCAGAAUCGACCUGGAUGGGCGAGAUGUCCGACAUUACACCCCAAUGCCGGUUGAUGAGCCCAUACUAUAUCACAAGGAGGACAGGCUGAUCGAGCGCAUGGAGCGGGAGGUUUCGAGGAAGGACCGAGAGCUAGAGCGGAAGGACCAAGAGCUUGAUCAGAUGCGGGAGAAGAUGAGAGCUGAGAAAGAGGGAUGGUUGUUGUUGCAGGGGGCGCUUGAGGAGGACAGGAAUAAGAGCUUGCAGACGAGAAAACGUGAGAGGGAGGCGGCGGAGAUGGAAAGAGAGAAGGAGAGGGCAGCAGUGGAGAUGGAGAGAGAGAAGGAGCGGGCAGCGUGGCGUGAUGCUGUGGAGGCUUGGAAGCAGGAAAGGGAAGUCUUGGAGAGGGCGAAUGAGGACUGGAAGUUGAAGGUGGAUGAGCUUCGUAUGGAGAAGGAUAGGCUUAAGGCGGAGAUGGACAAUAUGAUGAAGAAGAACGACCAAGAUGGUGUUCAUCUGGUAGAUAUUGCUCGGGCGUUGCAGAAGAUGGGGACGAGACUCAGUCCCUUGAAGGAGACAGAGGCUACGGCCGUUAACGUUCACAUUUCGUGAUGAAGCUAUCUAUGUGUCCAAUUUAAAUGACCUGCUAGUAGCGGAAGGAAGGAAGGAAGGAGUUGGCUCUGUAUGUAUUUUGUAUCUGGUGACUUUUAUAUUUUCUUUGCACCGCUAUCUAUUUUUUUGGGAUAAAAUACGGAUGUACAGUGGUAGUCUAUAUAUAUGCUUUGUUGAUAACUAUAGCGGUUGAAUGAAUUGU